GGACAAGGGCCCGAGCCCCAAGAAGCCAGCGACGGCGAAGGUCGACGCCCGCUCGCCUGGGAAAUCCAACGACCAGCUCGACAAGACACAGGACCACGACAGCGGGUCGGAGGAGGCUGGCAACCAGGCCUCUGCAUCCUCGUCCUCGUCCUCUUCGGCCUCGUCGGAGUCGGAGUCGGAGAACGAGGACGCCGCGCAGGACGCUGCCGCUGCCGACCAAGGGCUCGCCCCCGAAAGCGGCACGGUGAUGCUCUCGGCUGAGGCCAAGUUCAGGGGCGUUCUGGAUCAGCAGUUUGCACAGUCGCCAGCAAGCAUAGACCUCUUGGCCCAGAAGUUGGGCAAGCUGUGGAAGAUGUGCUCGGACGACGAGUCUUACGCGAAAAUGGCACACCAAGUGCCAGGGGUGACGCGAGAACGCAUGAAG